AUGGGGUUAGGCUGUAGGGUUAUGGGCUUAGUGUUGCUCUGGUCUGUGGGGAUUGCCCUUCUGCAGGGCAGUUUCUCUGUCUUGCAAUAUGGCUAUAAGUAUGAUUGUGGAGACUAUGGGAUGCAACUGCUGGCCUUUCCCAGACAAGGCCAUGCUGUCUGCUUCAAAGUUGUGGAUGAGUUUGGGACACCCUUUGAAGUUACCAACUGCUCCAUUUGUCUCCACUGGAUCACAUCUGGUGAACAAGGAGUGACGAUCUUCUCGGCUGGCUACAAUGGCUGCCAUGUUCAGAAGAAGGAUGGGCAUAACUAUCUACAGGUCCGAGUGGAGGAACUAUUGAGCACCGAGGCCAUUGCUGCCACCCAUGAUGUUAAUAUGACCUGCCCCAAGCCCACUGAACAUGACUUAACCCCAGAGGAGACGGUGCGCCCGGUGCCUGUGCCGCAGCCGGGCCUGGUGUGCCCGGUGCCCCUCAUCUAUCCUCCACCAAGGAACAUGGGUAUGUCAUUUUGUGUGGUGGCUUUCACUGGAACUGUUCCUUGUCUCCUCCUCGCAGCUGCUGUGUUGUUAGGAUUGAUCGUGCCAAUCGUGUUCCAAAUCUAUUACUCUGUACUUAACCUGCUCCCUUGUGUUGCAGUCACUGUUCAAUGCCUUGUGGAUGGUCACUUCAUUCUGGUGGUCUCCAGGGACAUGUUUGAUCACCCCAUCAUCCUGGACAGUGUUUGUCUAGCCUAUGCCCAAACGGGAUGUGAUCCCAUCAGAAUGACAGAGGCUUUUGUGAUCUUCCGAUUCCCUGUCAUGCAGUGUGGCAUCACUGUCCAGGUGAUUGGGGAUAAACUGAUCUAUGAGAACCAGCUGAUCUCUGGCACUGAUGUCCAGACUAGGCCAGAUGGCUCCAUCACCCGGGACAGCACCUUCAUUCUCCAUGCUUGCUGCAUCUACAAUGCCAGUGGCUUCCUGCCAGUCCAGGUGGAGGUCUUUUUACCUCCACCUGCUCCAGUCAGCCAGGCAGGACCCCUCUGGCUUGGGCUGCGGAUUGCCACAGACCGGAUCUACAGAUCCUACCUCACGGAGAGAGACUACCCUGUGGUGAAGGUACUCAGGGACCCUAUCUACGUGGAGGUUCACAUCCUGCAGAGAACAGACCCUAACAUGGUUCUGUCUCUCCACUACUGCUGGGCCACCCCAAGCGCUAACCCUCUGGAGCAGCCACAGUGGCCCAUCCUGGUGGACGGGUGCCCAUUCUUGGGAGACAACUACAGAACCCAGCUUGUGCCCAUAGGAUCUGAGCUGCCCUUCCCAACUCACCACCAGCGCUUUGUCCUCUCCACCUUUGCCUUUGUGGACUCAGCCUCCCAGAUAGCACUUGAUGGAGAGAUAAGGAUGGCCUGA